UCUUACAAGUGUCACUCAAUCAACCUAGCAUAGGUAGAGUUGGGCAAAAUGUAGAAUCUGCUAGAAUUUCUAAACUCUGCUCAAACAUUACUCAUCCAGUGCACGUAAGGCAAAGGGAAAGCGCAAAAAUAGGAACUAAAAAGUAUAUUAAACUAAAGAGAUGGCAGACCGUUUCUUUGCAAACACCAUGCCUAGUUUCAUGGAUGAAACUACAGUUGUUGAAGGAGCAAAAGAUCCACUAUCAGAGCUUCUGUAUUUGCCUUAUGGAACUGUAACUCAGAAGCUCAAAAGGGUUGCUUUGGACCUCAAAGAAACGAGAAAGUGGCAACAAAUCAGUGCAGAUUUCCAAAGGCUUGUCAUAUCCACUAAAACUAUUUGCGUACAAUCCCAUAGCAAUCUCGCAAAGGAGAGGGAGCAAAUAUCAUUUUUAGGAAAGCGUUUCAUUGUGAAGGAAACAUGGGCAUGUAAAGGGGGCCGUGUGAGUGAUUAUUCAAUCUACACUGGAGCUUUGGGAACUGCUUUUUUGUUAUUUAAAGCUUACCAAGUUACUCAUGACAAGAAUGAUCUUUCUCUUUGUUCUGAUAUUAUCAAGGCUUGCGGCUCUGCUUCCCGCGGUUCUGGGCGUGUGACUUUCAUUUGUGGACAGGCUGGUGUUUAUGCUCUUGGUGCAGUUGUUGCCAAACACACUGGGAAUGAACAGUUGUGUGACCACUAUCUGACAAAAUUCAAAGAGAUUGAGCUUCCUAAAGAUCUCCCAAAUGAGCUGUUGUACGGGAGAGCUGGUUUCUUGUGGGCCUGUUCAUUCUUAAACAAAAAUAUUGGUAGCAAUACAAUAUCACCUACCCAAAUGCAAGCAGUUGUUGCUGAGGUUAUAAAGUCUGGACGAAAAAUGGGGAAAGGAAGAUGUCCUCUAAUGUACGAAUGGCAUGGAAAAAAAUACUGGGGUGCUGCUCAUGGGCUAGCUGGGAUAAUGUAUGUACUUAUGGACAUGGAACUGAAAGCAGACGAGACCGAGGAUGUGAAGGCCACACUUCGUUACAUGAUCCGAAAUCGUUUUCCUAGUGGAAAUUACCCCUCAAGUGAAGGAAGUGAAUCUGAUCGACUUGUGCAUUGGUGCCAUGGUGCUCCAGGUGUCGCCCUUACUCUAAUCAAAGCAGCUAAGGUUUACAGCAGUGACGAGUUUCUGCAGGCAGCUGCAGAAGCAGCUGAGGUGGUUUGGAAUCGGGGCUUACUCAAACGGGUGGGAAUUUGUCAUGGUGUUAGUGGAAAUUCCUAUGUAUUUCUUUCACUAUAUCGUUUGACAGGUAAAGUGGAGUACUUGUACAAGGCGAAGGCAUUUGCCUGCUUUCUGCACGCUAGAGCUCACACACUUAUAUCAGAGGGAGUUAUGCAUGGAGGUGAUCGCCCAUACUCGCUGUUUGAAGGAAUUGGAGGAAUGGCUUAUCUCUUUCUUGACAUGAUAGAACCAAUGGAGACAAGGUUCCCUGCAUAUGAACUCUAAUUUAGUACAUACAGAAUGUGCUAUAGAACCAGCUAUGUAAAUAUUUUAUGUAAUGUGGAUGUGUCUGUCUGCCUUUUAUGAAAGUAGAAUUAGCUUGUGCUUUCUA